CUUGUGCUAAUGUGAGUGGACGCUGUCAGUGAUUCCCAUUGAGCACCAAGACGAUGUGAAAUCCAGUGCAGGCCGCUCUCCGCAUCUCAUCCGCCCAUCCCCUCCUGCCAGCUGCCACUUGCAGUAGUGGUGAUGCUGCUCCCUGGUGUGUAGAGGAGGAGAGAGAGCGCGUCCGCUGCCCAAUGACAGCGCAGGAUGCUGAGAGAGGCUGCUGGGGUGAAUGGAGGCGACAAGAUGCCGUCGAGAGCGGCGAAGGAGAGGAAUUAACAUCGAUAAAGAUCUGACACUGAUGUGCUCCACCUAUUCAGACAUGAUAUAAGUCACCCAUGUGCGGUUCUAAGAGUCAGAGCAGUCUCAUUGCAGCACGCCCCUGUUAAGGACCCUCUGGUGGCCACACCGCUGAAUCACAGGUCAUGUACGGCAGUGCCAGAGCUGUAGGCCAUGUAGAGAGCAGCCCCGUACGGUCCCCGCGCCUGCCAAGGUCCCCCAGAUUGGGCCAUAGAAGGGCGAACAGCGGGAGCGGGGGUGGUGCGGGGGGCAAGACGCUCUCCAUGGAGAACAUCCAAUCCCUCAACGCUGCCUAUGCUACUUCGGGGCCCAUGUACCUGAGCGACCACGAGGGCGUGGGCUCCACUGCCACGUACCCAAAAGGCACCAUGACUCUGGGUCGCGCCACCAGCCGGGCCAUGUAUGGGGGCCGCGUCACAGCCAUGGGCAGCAGUCCCAAUAUUGCUUCAGUGGGGCUGCCUCAUGCUGACCUUCUGUCUUACAGUGACCUGGGCUCCCUCUCCAUGCUGCACCCCCACCACCACCAGGGGGUGCCCUCCGCUCUGCUCAGGCAGGCUGUGCGGGGCAGUGGUGGGGAGCUGCUGGAGAUGCAGGCCCAGUUCAGGGAGAUGCAGAGGGAGAAUGAGAUGCUGCGACGAGAGCUUGACCUGAAGGACAGUAAGUUGGGAUCUUCCACCAACAGCAUCAAGAGUUUCUGGAGUCCUGAACUGAAGAAGGAGAGAAUAAUGAGGAAAGAGGAGGCGGCUCGCACAUCAAUCCUGAAAGAACAGAUGAGAGUCACUCAUGAGGAGAACCAGCUGCUGGAUGCCAGGAGAACCAAGCAUCUCCAGAUGACCAUCCAGGCUCUGCAAGAUGAACUGCGCACACAGCGAGACCUCAACCAUCUGCUUCAGCAGGAGAGCGGCAACCGCUCCGGCUCUGAGCAUUUCACCACCAUCGAGCUGACGGAGGAGAACUUCCGGCGGCUGCAGGCCGAACAUGACAGACAGGCCAAAGAGCUCUUCUUGCUGCGGAAGACCCUGGAGGAGAUGGAGCUGAGGAUCGAGACCCAGAAGCAAACGCUGGGAGCCAGAGACGAGUCAAUUAAGAAGCUGCUUGAGAUGCUGCAGAGCAAAGGGCUGCCCCCAGGGCCAGGCAGGGCGUCAGAGGAGGAGGAGCAGGAGAGAGCCAGACGCAUUGCUGAGGCCGAGGCCCAGCUGGGACACUUGGAGGUCAUUCUGGACCAAAAGGAGAAGGAGAACAUUCAUCUACGAGAGGAACUGCACAGAAGAAAUCAGCUGCAUCAGGAUCCAAGCAAAACCAAGGCUCUGCAGACCAUCAUAGAGAUGAAAGACACCAAAAUUGCCUCUCUGGAGCGCAACAUUCGAGAUCUGGAGGAUGAGAUCCAAAUGCUGAAGGCAAACGGCUUAUUGAACACAGAGGACAGAGAGGAGGAGAUCAAACAGAUGGAGGUCUACAAGAACCACUCUAAGUUUAUGAAGACUAAGAUUGACCAGCUGAAGCAGGAGCUGUCCAAGAAAGAGUCAGAGCUGCUGGCUCUGCAGACAAAGCUAGAAACUCUCAACAACCAGAACUCAGACUGCAAACAGCAUAUCGAGGUGCUCAAAGAGUCACUCACUGCCAAGGAGCAACGUGCUGCCAUCCUGCAAACAGAGGUGGAUGCUUUACGUCUGCGUCUGGAGGAGAAGGAAUCCUUCUUGAACAAGAAAACCAAGCAGCUGCAGGACCUGACAGAAGAGAAGGGUACUCUUGCUGGAGAAAUCAGGGACAUGAAGGACAUGUUGGAGGUCAAAGAAAGGAAGAUUAAUGUCCUGCAGAAGAAGAUCGAGAACCUGCAGGAGCAGCUGCGGGACAAAGACAAGCAGCUGGGAAACCUGAAGGACAGAGUCAAGUCUCUGCAGACCGACUCCAGUAACACAGACACUGCCCUGGCCACCCUGGAGGAGGCGCUGUCAGAGAAGGAGAGGAUCAUAGAGCGUUUAAAGGACCAAAGGGAGAGAGAAGACAGAGAACGUCUGGAAGAAGUGGAGUCAUAUAAGAAGGAGAACAAGGAUCUGAAGGAGAAGGUCAACAGCCUGCAGAUAGAAUUAACAGAGAAAGAGUCCAGUCUCAUUGAUCUGAAAGAACAUGCAUCAUCCUUGGCAUCCUCUGGCCUCAAGAAGGAUUCAAAGCUCAAGUCACUGGAGAUUGCCAUCGAGCAGAAAAAAGAGGAAUGUAGUAAGUUGGAGACGCAGUUGCAGAAGCAAGCUGAGCAGCUAUUCAGUCACAUGAACAAUCCUAAGGCCCACGAGGUGGAGCAUCAGUCGGGCCCAAGAGGAAACCCGGAGUACGUGGACCGAGUGAAGCUGCUGGAAAAGGAGGUGAACUACUACAAGGACGAAGCCAGCAAGGCUCAGACGGAGGUGGAGAGACUUCUUGACAUCCUGAGAGAGGUGGAAACAGAAAAGAAUGACAAGGACAAGAAGAUCGCUGAGUUGGAGAGCCCCCCACCCUCUGCCCCUCGCCCCACCCCUCGUCCCGGUGGCAGAGCUCCCCCUGACCCGCUCCCUUCUGUGUCCGCUGCUCCCCAGCAGAUAGGGGGCAUGGUGUGGGAUUUCCUGGGAAAACAGGGAGGCAAAGAUCAGACUAAGAAGGGUCCAAACAUCAAAUUGGGACCACAAGGAGACAAGAAAGGCUUAGGACAGGACCUUCGUAAGGACGGCUCCAUAGAUGGUGGUCACCACUUGAAGUUGGAGGAGCUGAUGAACACGCUGGAAAGGACGAGGCAGGAGCUGGAUGCCACCAAGCAGCGUCUGUCCUCCACACAGCAGUCUCUGCAGGAGAGGGACACACACCUCACCAACAUGAGACAAGAGCGCAGGAAACAGCUGGAGGAGAUCCUUGAUAUGAAACAACAAGCUCUGCUGGCAGCCAUCAGUGAGAAAGAUGCUAAUAUUGCACUGCUGGAACUGUCUGCCUCCAAUAAAAAGAAGACCCAGGAGGAGGUGCUAGGCCUCAAGAGGGACCGCGACAAACUGAUGCUUCAGCUCAAACAACAUACACAGAGCAGAAUGAAGCUGAUCGCUGACAACUAUGAAGAUGAGCAAUAUCACCCGCAUGCUCCUCACCACGCCCAGCCGCAGCCCCCUCACGCUCAGCCCCAGCCCCAGCCCCAGUACCCCCACCCUGCCCACGGCCAGCAGUCUCCGUAUCCACACGGCCCGCACCCACAACACCCGCAACACCCGCAACAUCCACAGCAUCCCCAGCACCCGCAGCACAUGCAACACCCUCAGCACCCGCAGCACCCACAGGCCCCUCAACAGCACCCACAUCCACAGCAGCCGCAACCCCAGUACCCCCACCCGCAGCACCCGCAGCACCCGCAGCACCCGCAGCACCCUCAGCACCCUCAGCACCCCCAGCACCCCCAACCACCUCCGCAGCACCAACAGCACCCACGUCCCCAACAGCCUCAGCACCCCCACCAACAGCACCCCCAGCAUCCUCCGCAGCACCCACACGGACACGCCCCUCCGCAGCACCCUCACCCCCACCCUCAGCACCCACACGGCCCCCCCCAGCAAGGGCAGCACCCCCAACAUCCGCAUCCACAGCACCCUCAGCACCCUCAGCACCCGCACCACGCCCAGCAUCUACGUCACCCGUCGCCCCACCAUCGCGGAGGCUCGGCCCGAGGACCCCCACACGCUGGUCACCGGCCCUCCCCAGACCAGGAUGACGAGGAGGGCAUCUGGGCAUAAUCCUUGCUGUGACAACCAAAGCUCUAAUGUUGUUUUGAGGGGUGAGAUGAUUCAGUCACUACUGGAGGAGCACAACCAUGCCAUGAUGUUGAAACACUACCCGACAAACAUUUAUUAUCUCUACUCAAUCAAUAUUCAGCAAUGGGACCUUUGUUUUUUGUUUUGUUUUUUUCUCCGGGGAAGA